CUGCCUGCUGCUGGGACUCUUGCCCUACGUCGAUCAGUUUGCCCACUUUGGCGGCUUGAUAUUUGGCACACUGUCAUCCAUAGCACUGCUUCCCUUUGUGACCUUGUCACAGGCCGGGCAGCGAUGGCAGCAUGUCCGCCGUAUCGUGGCCGCAUCGGCCUGCAUCGGCCUGCUUACGACCAUAUUCAUCCUACUCUACACGGAGAGCUAUCCUGAUUGCGACUUUUGCCACUAUAUUGACUGCGUUGAGUUUGUCCCGGGCAUCUGUAACCUGGAUGUGCGUCUCGAUCCGAACAUCUCGGCGGUCAUCACAUGAUCCCUUGAUGCACUGUUCUGACUGUUGGCAUGACCACUUCCGUGUCCCGGACUCUUCAGUUCUCGUGCACAAUAUGGUGGGUUUGAGCCUUGCGAUGGACUUGAAAUCGAGUCACUCCUC